AUGAAUUGGCAGAAGGCGAUGAUGAAUUGGGUUAGAGAAGGUGAUGCAAAUUCUAAAUUCUUCCAUAAUAUGAUGUCUAACAGACAGCGUCGAAAUUCUCUUCACUUGAUUCAUGUUGAUGGAGUACUUGUCGAAGGGGUUCAGAACAUUCGUGCGGCUGCCUUUAAUCAUUUUGCCAAUCAAUUUCGUGCUUCAGAGGGUAGCCGACCUGGAAUUCAAGGUUUAAAUUUCCGGAAGUUGUCUUAUGCUCAAUCAGAUAGUUUGAUUCGUCCUUUUUCUGUUGAUGAAGUUAAACAGGCUGUGUGGGAUUGUGAGAGCUUCAAAAGUCCCGGGCCGGAUGGUAUUAAUCUUGGUUUUAUUAAAGAUUUUUGGAAUGAGUUGAAAGAUGAUUUUAUGAAAUUUCUUCUCGAUUUCCAUCGUAAUGGGAAGCUGACGAAGGGUGUCAACUCCACUUUUAUUGCCCUAAUUCCAAAGGUGGCCAGUCCCCAGAAGCUUGGUGAUUUUCGACCUAUUUCUCUUGUUGGUUGUAUGUAUAAAGUGUUGGCAAAGGUUCUUGCAAAUCGUUUACGUUCUAUCUUGAGUUAUGUGGUGUCUGAUAAUCAGUCAGCUUUUGUGCGGGGUAGACAAAUUCUUGAUGGCAUUCUUAUUGCAAAUGAGGUUGUUGAUGAAGCAAAGCGUCAGAAAAAAGAAUUAUUAUUGUUCAAAGUCGAUUUUGAAAAGGCUUAUGACUCGGUAGAUCUUAAUUAUUUGAAUUCAGUGAUGCUUAACAUGAAUUUUCCGACACUUUGGCGGAAGUGGAUAAUGGAGUGUGUUGGAACAGCUACUGCUUCGGUUCUUGCCAAUGGGUGCCCGACAGAAGAGUUUCCUAUUCAGAGGGGACUUAGACAGGGGGACCCUUUGUCGCCUUUUUUAUUUUUACUAGCGGCAGAAGGUUUUGAUGAAGGAUUACCUAUAGGCGGAGAUAGUAGAAGACUUAGUUUCUGGAAACCGGUUGUGGACCGAAUUGUUCCUAGAUUGUCGUCGUGGAAUAAUAAAUUUCUAUCGCUUGGUUCUUCUGAAAUUUUUCCUAUCCUCUCUUCCGGCACGGUACGGGGAGGUUGGUGGUCAAUUCAGGAAGGAGGGAGAGAAGCGUCUGGUUGGUGGAGUAUGUUGUGCAAGGUGAGGGAUGGGGUGGGAUCAGGAGUAGAUAACUGGUUUGAUGGUAAUGUUAGGAGGGAGGUAGGAAAUGGCAGUAGUACUUUCUUUUGGACUGAUAAAUGGCUAGGAGGAGUACCCUUAAAGAUUCAAUUUAGUCAUCUUUAUGAUUUAGCGGUGCAUAAGGAGUGUUCGGUGGCAGAUAUCGAGCGUUGGGGGUGGGUUGAGGGCGGCAAUGGGUGGGUUUGGAGACGGAGGUUAUUAGCCUGGGAGGAGGAGAGCAUGAGGGAGUGUAUCACUUUGCUGGUUAACAUUGUUUUACAGGUUAAUAUUCAUGACCGUUGGCGGUGGUUACUAGAUCCUGUUCAUGAAUAUAGUGUUGGUGGGACUUAUCGUUUUCUCACAACUUAUGAAGAACAGUUGACUGAUGAGAAUUUUAUUGAUGUGUGGCACAAAUUAGUUCCGAAAAAAGUGUCGUUUUUUGCUUGGCGGAUGCUACAAGACAUAAUUCCUACAAGAGCAAAUUUGGUGUGUCGUCUCAUUCUUCAACCAAACGACAGUGUGUGUGUUGGAGGGUGUGGUUUAUCAGAAACGACAGGUUCUAUUAAGGAUCAUUAUAUUCAGUUUACUCACUUGGCGAGUUUGCCUAGAUCUACUCACGUGUUUUUUAAGGUUAUUUGGCUUGCUUGUGUUUGGGCAAUAUGGAAGGAGAGAAACAACCGUGUCUUCUCUGAUACGAUUAUUGAUCCGUUACAUAUUGUUGAAAAAGUUAAGUUAAAUUCUUUUCUCUGGCUAUCUUCGAAUGUUGAGCCUAUUUCUUUUGGCUUUUACGAUUGGUGGAGACACCCCCUUUUUUGUAUGGGUGUGAUUUAA